UGUUUUCGCAUACACCGGCGACACACGGGACACGCAGCAUCGACCACAAUGCCGAAGUUUCAGAUUCUAUGCCUUUUAUGUGCAACUAUUGCAGUCAGCCACGCAGUGGUUUUAAGCGGUUACGACGGCGGCCAUGGAAUCUCAUACACGGAUUACGAGAGUCUCGAAGGAUACUCAGGAUCUGCUGUUCAAUACGAAGGACACGCGGUUCUACCAACAGUAGCGGUUCCGGUUCACGCGGUUUCCGCCUCACCUGUCCAAGUUGCAGCGACCCUCGAUCAUGGAUCUCACGGAUACGAUCAUCAUGCUGAUCACGAACACGAUUACUACGCUCAUCCAAAAUACACUUUCAACUAUGGCGUUCACGAUCCUCACACAGGGGAUGUGAAGACUCAGCACGAAGUUCGUGACGGUGACGUGGUUCACGGAUCUUAUAGCGUCAACGAGCCUGACGGUAGCGUUAGAAUCGUCGAAUACACUGCGGACGACCACAAUGGCUUCAACGCAGUGGUUAAGAAAGUCGGACCAGCGAUUCACCCUAAACCAAUUCCCGUAGCAAAAUACGUUUCGCCGGCGUACUACAAUAGUUACGAGGAAUACGAAAAGCAUCAUUAUUAAUCGUACGAAUAUAUCCGAGUGAUAGAGGAAGAAACAAAAAAAAAAAAAAAGCAGGAACAGGGUUAGAAAGAAUUUAUUUAAGUGAGACGUGUCGACGAUUAACCCCUCGUUUUAUGGUAUCGAAUUUGUGAUAGACUAUGAUUGAAAUAUUAAAAAACAAGGACUAUUUCAGCAUCCUAUAGGAUCUAUAGUAUAGAUAAUAUGCAGAUUUCUGACAUUUUCAUUGCUACCGAUGCACAUGUUGCGUCGUUUCAAUCGUUCAAGCAACGUUAACUGACGUAAUUGUUCUUUUCCGUGUAUUUCGAUGCAGCGAUUGAAGAAAUAGAGAAAAGGCGGCGAAGUGUAUCGAGAUAAAUAUUAUCGUUUGAAAUAAAGACAUUUUUUAUGAAAAAGAAGAGACGUGUAAUUCCAAAGGUGGAGCAGUAUUUUUCAACACCGAGUGUGUUAUAUAAAUACGUAUAUUAUAAUACGAAAAUAAAUUAAUAAUUAAUCGAUGCUGUGUUAUUGUUGAUAAUUCAUCAUUCUCUAUGAUUUCUGCCAUUUUUUCCCAAAAGUCUUUUAUUACGUCCCGAGAAGAUUUCCUUUGAAUUUAUUUCAAAUUCAGACCUUUGAAGAAAUUUCUUAUGAACUGAGUAAAUGUAUUGCGGGUAAGUUAUUAAAUCAUAAGGCAAGGGGUUAACCGAUUCGAGUCAUCCACAUUUUCGAACGUUCACUUUUCCGAUUAAUUCUAAAUGGUUUCUAGAAUGAAAUCGCGGGUAUUCAUACAAACUGGGGUAUCUAGUCGUAAACGCAACUAAAGAAAUGACCAUUUCAUCCACUGGAUAUUAUAACGAGAAUUAUAUUUUGGAUAUUUUGAAAGUGUAAAAAAUAUCGCAGUACAAACAUAACGUAUAAAGGCAUGAAAUAUUCAGACGCGUAUUUAUGGGAAAUUUAAUGGUGCAGAAAUGCUGAAAACAGGUUUCUCAUGAAUGAAUAAAUAUCCGCGGUGUAAUUAUAUUUUAAUCGCUAGAGGUGCUUGGAGACGGAAAGCGUGCCAAAAAGACGGGCCAAGAAAUGGUAAAUUAUUCAUCGUCCAAGGUAUAUGAGUGUCUCCGAAGGAAUUUGAUCUUCCUCGCGAAACUUAAAAAAAGAGAAGAAAUGCUCAUAACAAAAACAUGUUCCCAGGAGAAAUUUCCAUUCGAAGAAACGAGUUUCCAGCUGACGACCCUCCGAAUUAUCGGGAGGAUAUGUAAACGAGUGUUUACUGUUCGUUAAUCGGUAGAAAGUGCCUCGGGGCGAAAAACGAUUUGCUCGUGUACUUGAACAGUAGCGAAACAACUUUCCAUUCUGUUUUAUCCGAUGAUUUUGCCAAGAAAUUCGAUGAAAAAUAAAUUCUUCGCGAUUGGAUAACAGACAGCAGGAACGCGAGAAAGGAAAUCGAGCAGUGACCAUGUUGAUAAUCAUUCGGCUGAACGCUUUAAAAAAAGAAUUAUCGUACUUUGUUAUACUUUCUUUAGUUGUUCUUAGAAAUUGGAGACGUUUGAUCGAAGGUGCCAGGAGAAAUGUAGAAUUUCAAUAGGUGAAGAACUUUUUAUAAUUUUAUUCAAGGAGAAAGAGCAGAGAACUGGGAAGAAAUUUAUGAAUAUUUCGUAAUAAAUAUUCUGUUACAUUAUUAAAUAAAUAACCAGGUGAUUGGAAAUGUAAUUGACGAAAUUUUCAAUUGACGGAAAUGUCGUCAAUUACUUAGAUUUUUCCGAAUAUUUUCAUUUAUUUCCUGUAAAUUUAUCGUUUUCCAAUCAUUUCGUCUAUGCUGCAAAUGGUUUUAUUUAUUUGCUGUGUAUUUUUUCGUGAAAAAGCGCAGAUCGGGCUUCUUUAAUGAUGUACACCAUAUCGUUGUUUUCUAAAGGAAGAAUUGUACCUAUCACUGGGCAGAAAAUCUGGAAGAUUGUAAUUUUUCAAUGUCCGAGGACAAAAUUUCCUAGAACAAUUUCCGAAUAAAUAUAACCAGUAGGUACCCUUGCAUUUAUAGACGGCAAUGUACUUAUCUUACUUCUGUCAUAUAAUUUAAAUUAUGAUUAUUUAAGUUAACUUAUGCAUAGAUAUACAUUACAGACUACUAGUUCCAAUAUCAAGAAGAAAGCAGAAGAUACGAAUCACGGCGAAUGUUAUUCACAGAAUAAUGAUUUAAUCACAGCGAAUCUGUUCGACGAAGAACAUCUUUCCUGUUCGUCGCUCAAGAAAGGCUUCCUUGAAAUUAAUAUCCCCUGACUAAGCAAAGUAAAAAAAAAGAAGAAGAAGAGAGAGAAUGGGUACAAACGUAAUCGAGGAAAAGCAGUUCAGACACCAUCUAAACCAUCAACGUCAGAAGUGUUUUAUUACACCGACACUUUAUUUCAACUUUAAUUAAUCUCGUUCUCGAGAUAUUCCGUAUUAAGCGCUCUCCCGAGUGCAGCGCCAUUUUCUUCGUUUAUUCGAUAGUUAUCUUGCGUUUCUAUGCCCAUGAUCUCUUCUACUGCAUAUGUAUAUGCCUCUGUAGAUUAUAUUCCUACAUACGUAUCUAUGUUCUAAUAUUUACGCGUUCUUUUACGCUGUUGAUUUUAUUAUUCAUCAACGAACAGCCGAGUAUUCUAAUUACGAAUUUUCUCAAACGGAAGUGUACAAAACUGGAAGCGUACCGACGGUGUAAUUAGUAAUCUCGAUGCUCAUUGCGCUCAUUCUUUCUAUUAUCGUUGGUCAUUUAUUUUGCACCUCCGUAGGAUCGUUUUAUAUCACUUACGUUUAUGUUACGGUGAGAGUUCAAAGUGGCGCGAAAUUUAUUCAAGAACUCUCGUACUUACUCGAAAGGUCCACGCAUUUUGUACCAUUGUAUUUACCUUUUAACGAUACGCUUAUGAUUCCCGAAACUUAAUAUGUACGGUUAACGAUCAAGUAUAUUAGCAAUCUGAAUAUUUGUUAAAUAUUCAGCCUUUGAACCAUAAGUUUUCAUUCUACACUCAGCUUGUAAUUUCGAAACAAUUAGACUGCCAGUAUGUGGUAGAAUGAUAACAAUGUGGCAAAGAUAGAUUUCGAAUUAUUUCUGUUUUCAGUGAUGUUUAAUUUUACAUCAAAUGUACUAUAUAAAUAUCUAGUGACGCUUCGAUAUUUGUAUAAUCAACUUUUAACAAAUAUACCGACAUACAUGUAACGACGUAGAUAAGUUCGUAUCUUAUCUUGUAAAGAAAAAAGAUAGAAUUGAAAUAAAAAAAAGUA